UCAGUGCAACACGGAGCCGCAGUCAGAGCCCGUCGCAGGUGUUGAGGGGAUGCAGCAUCACUGCUCGGGAGUUGGGAACCAGGCACCCACUCAGCAGCUGACGGGCGCGCAGAGCAGUGCAACUCCACCUCCUCAGGCAGGGCUGAGUCAAGUCGCCCCGGCGUGCAGUUUGCCGCCACCACCUCCAACGCACAAGCCGCGGGUCUCCACAUUAUCAAGACACAGUCAACAGGAACUGCCCAGCCCUCUAACCCAGGAAACCUGUCACGCCACUGAGCUGCAGCGGGGCGGUUCGCCAGCGGCUAAAAGUCCCGGAGAUCACCAUAGGCACUCAGAGCAGGGCGGCAAGUUGCACCAUCACCACCACCAGUCUUGGGGUCGUCAACAAGGUCUGGGCACCACUGGAGAGCCGCAGGCGGAGCUACCCGUGUACCAGGACACGUAUGGAAGAUUGCCCGAAGAGGGAAACUCCAGCUGCCAACGCCAUCCACUGCGGUGUGCCCACAAUUCUCCUGAGCUGUACUCUCGAAGUCAGGCUAGAGGAGAUCAGUGGCAUAAAGCUGCGAAUUGCCAACAGGAGCACCACGCGUGCCACUGCAGAAGGGAGCAUCACCAGCUGUUGCAGCAACAGCAGCACCACCACCACAACCAUUACAAGCUACAUCAGCAGAGCGCUCCCUGUUCCUCGGUGGCAACAAACUCUCCGAGAUCACCGAGCCUUGGUAAAUGUCGGGUGAGUGACGGGAGCCAGCAAGUAGUUUUAUUUCAGCCGGGAGACGCGCAACCGGCUCCGCUGCAGGUUCAGCAGCAACGGCUGGUUGGAAGCAGUCAUCCAAACUGCUGCGCCAAUGGAUCGAGGGAGCUGAGCAGACACCAGCACUUCUCUCUGCCGCAGCAACAGCAGUAUCAACAGCCAGACUCUCAUGCACACUGGCAUCACCCCUGUAACAGUGACGGCCGAAGAACUGGUGAACAUUAUCCGUCUUGUCCGCGACAUUGCCACCAGUCCGCCAACUGUCCUCACAGCAGAUGCCAGGGAGUGAGGAGCCCAUCUGCGGGAAGUAGCAGCAGAAGCGGCCGGCCUCACUCUACCGACAGUCGGUUGUGGUUGGAAAACCACCUGCAAGAGGGGACGCAGAGUAGCAGAGGACAGAAGGUGAAUGCAGACGGCCAGAAGCUGAGUCAUGCCGGGUCGCAGCCUUGCCUGUCCCAGAGCGCCCGGGCCUGCUCGGAGAUAGCUAUGAACAGCUGCAGCCGGUACAAUGGCGGCGUGGGCAGCAGACCGCUGGGCAGCCUGGGCGCUUCGCGGCGCAACCUCGCCGAGCUGGACUCGGAGACGCAGCCCCUACAGACGCUGCACAGCUCCGGCCUGGAGGUGGUGGUGUCCAAGGGCCACGAUGACCUCCUCCACCACCACCACCACCACCGCAAGGCGUCCAGCGAGAGCCUGCCCCGGGAGGGUGGAGGCGGCGUGGGGGGAAGCGGCGGCGGGAGCCCCGGGGACGUGGAGCAGCCGAGGGGCCGUGGCGGCAGCGUGCGGGCCAUGCAGAAGAAGAACAAGGACAUCGGCAUCAAGCUGGGCCACCGGAGGGCGCUGUUCGAAAAGCGCAAGCGGCUCAGCGACUACGCGCUUAUCUUCGGGAUGUUCGGGAUCGUUGUUAUGGUGACGGAGACGGAACUUUCCUGGGGGGUUUAUUCCAAGGAAUCUUCAUAUUCAUUUGCACUGAAAUGCCUUAUCAGCCUCUCCACUGUUAUACUGCUGGGUCUCAUCAUUAUGUACCAUGCCAGGGAAAUACAGCUCUUCAUGGUGGACAAUGGUGCGGACGACUGGCGGAUCGCCAUGACGCAGGAGCGCGUCUUCUUCAUCGUGCUGGAGCUGCUGGUGUGCGCCAUCCACCCCAUCCCGGGCCAAUACGUCUUCACGUGGACGGCGCGGCUGGCCUACACCUACGCGCCGUCCGUCACCAUCGCCGACGUGGACAUCAUCCUGUCCAUCCCCAUGUUCCUGCGCCUCUACCUGAUCGGCCGGGUCAUGCUGCUGCACAGCAAGCUCUUCACGGACGCCUCGUCGCGCAGCAUCGGCGCGCUCAACAAGAUCAACUUCAACACGCGCUUCGUCAUGAAGACGCUCAUGACCAUCUGCCCCGGAACUGUCCUGCUAGUCUUUAGCAUCUCCUCCUGGAUCAUCGCCGCCUGGACGGUGCGCGUCUGCGAGAGGUAUCAUGACCGACAGGAAGUCACCAGUAACUUCCUGGGAGCAAUGUGGUUGAUUUCUAUAACCUUCCUGUCCAUCGGCUAUGGGGACAUGGUGCCUAACACGUACUGUGGGAAGGGCGUCUGUCUCCUGACAGGAAUCAUGGGGGCUGGCUGCACAGCGCUGGUGGUUGCUGUGGUGGCCAGGAAGCUGGAGCUGACCAAGGCGGAGAAACAUGUCCACAACUUUAUGAUGGACACUCAGCUCUGCAAAAGAGUCAAAAACACGGCUGCUAACGUACUCAGGGAAACAUGGCUCAUCUACAAACACACCAAGCUGGUGAGAAAGAUCGACCACGCCAAGGUCCGCAAACACCAACGCAAGUUCCUGCAGGCUAUUCACCAAGCUCAGAAACUCCGCAGUGUGAAGAUGGAGCAGAGGAAGCUGAACGACCAGGCGAACACGCUGGUCGACCUGGCCAAGACCCAGAAUGUGAUGUACGACCUGGUGUCGGAGCUACAGGAGCGUAGCGAGGAGCUGGACAAGCGCAUCGGCACGCUGGAGGAGAAGCUGGACGCCAUCGGCGGCAGCCUGCAGGCCCUGCCCGGCCUGCUGUCUCAGACCAUCCUGCAGCAGCAGCGCGACUUCCUACAGGGCCUGCUGGCGCAGCGCGCCACCCAGGAGCAGAGGCCGGGGUCGCAGGGGUCGCAGGGGUCGCAGCGCUCCUGGACGCCCACACGACAACGCAGACGCUCGCCCUCCACCGCCCCACACACUUCCUCUGACAGCGGAUAGCACCCACCACCCCCCACAAAACCCCACCCUCAACCCAUAACUGACUUCUACCCACACCCUACACCCCCCGCCCCCCACUGCACACUGACCACCUCUGCCACACCUGAAACUAACAACACUGCUUCAAAAACGACUUAGUGAAACAAACAAAUAAAACAUAUUGAACAAACUUUCAGUAGAACAAAGACAAAUUUGGAACAGUGAUGAAUGACCACCUAAAGAAAAACACAAUCACCAACAACAGAUAUGGAAAAAAGAGAUAACAAUUAAACACAGAAAAUGUAUUUUAAAUAAAAUGAUGGUAGAGAUAUGGUUUAUGUUUAGCCAUUGUAUGGCUGUUAAAGUUAGCUUUUUUGUAAAGCCCUUGUAUAGUUAACUUGACUUAGCCUAGGGUGUUGGGGUGAUGCUGGCUGUCUCAGUGGAAUGUUCUGGAACGGGAACAGAAGGAGCCAGGGCUCAGCAAUGCAGACUCUGAUUGGAUGGGCAGAGGACAGGAAGUCGACUGUGGUUUGGAGAGAGGAAAUGGACUGUUAGAAGCGUCCAGCAUGUUAGUCAAGGUGCCAGCCGAGAUGGCCCUUGGAAGCUCUGGGUUCAGGUCAACACUCGAAGGCAAUAAGCAGAGAAGGGAGGCAGGGAGAGUAUUUUGUCACACCUAAGUGGCACUGACUGAAUGGGGAAACUAUAGAGAAAUAAUAGAUAUUAAUAUAUAUCUUUAUAGGAAUUUUAGGAUGUGGUGGUUCAUUGGAGCAGGAUUCCAAUUUUGGCAUGUGGAUGGAUCUGGAAUAUUAUAAACACUUAUGUCACUUAUUACUUCCAUACAAAACAACAAUAA